CACGAACCCAUUCAUUCAUGCAACACAACCCAACACAAAACGCAAACCCGAACCCCAAAAUCCUCUUUGCUAAGUCCUCUCUCUUGUUUGCCCUAGAAAAGCUAGCCAUGCAAACCCAAAAGCCUCAUGCAGCUCUCCUCGCGAGCCCCGGCAUGGGCCACCUCAUCCCCGUCGUGGAGCUCGGGAAGCGCCUCAGUGCCCACCAUGGCUUCGAUGUCACCAUCUUCGUGGUGGCGGCCGACUCGUCGACCGAGAAAUCCCCCAUCUUCGCCUCGGCGUCGGGUCUGGACCACCUGAAGCUCGUCUUACUCCCCCCGGUGGACGUUUCUGGGCUCAUCGACUUGACCACCUCAGUCGUGACCCAGCUAGUGAUGAUGAUGCGCGAGGCCUUGCCUUCAUUGAGGGCCGCGAUCUCCAUCAUGAGGACACGUCCGACGGCUCUCGUGGUCGAUUUGUUCGGAACCGAAGCUCUGGCUGUGGCUGAGGAGUUCGACAUGCUCAAGUACGUUUUCAUUACCUCGACGGCGCGGUUUCUUGCGGCCACCAUUCACUUGCCCAACAUAGAUGCGAAGGCAGAACAUGAGCAUCGUAUUAUGAAAAAGCCUUGGGAAAUUCCAGGUCUUGAACCGGUCCGAUUCGAGGACACCUUGGACCUGUUCCUGAACCAGACCGAUAAGAGCCUUUACGCCGAGUAUACUCGAAUCGGGAGGGAAAUACCGACAGCCGAUGGAAUCCUGGUGAACACAUGGCAAGAUCUAGAGCCUUCAACCUUGCAUGCACUAGAAGACGAUGAGUUCUUGGGCCGGGUCGCUAAGGCGCCGGUUCACCCGGUCGGUCCAUUGGUUAGACCAGUCGGACCGAAUUUCAAGAGUGAGGUGAUGAACUGGUUGGACAAGCAACCCGUCGAAUCGGUCAUUUACGUUUCGUUCGGGAGCGGCGGGACCCUAUCGGCGGAGCAAACCACCGAGCUGGCCUGGGGGCUGGAGCUGAGCCGGCAGAGAUUCGUUUGGGUGGUGCGCCCGCCCGUGGACAACGACGCGUCCGGGAAUUUCUUCAACGUGUCCAACAGCCAGGACGGGACGCCGAAUUAUCUCCCCCAGGGGUUCUACACCCGGGUCGGCGAUAGGGGAGUGGUGGUGCCCAUGUGGGCCCCGCAGACCGAGAUCCUGGCCCACAAGUCCGUGGGAGGGUUCGUGUCACACUGCGGCUGGAAUUCAACCCUGGAGAGCAUAGUGAACGGAGUGCCCAUGGUGGCGUGGCCGCUCUACGCGGAGCAGGGGAUGAACGCCGCCAUGCUGGUGGAGAUGCUCGGCACAGCAGUCCGGCCAAGGACGAGGCCAGCCAACCGGGCGAUCGGGAGGGAGGAGAUAGCGGACAUGGUGAGGAGCAUCAUGGAUUCGAAAGGGAACGGGAUGAGGACCAGGGCCAGGGAACUGCAGCGUGGGGCGACGGGAGCCGUAUGCAAGGGUGGUUCCUCGGACAACUCACUGACCCAAGUGGCCAAGGAAUGCGAAAUCAAGCUGCACCGCCUAAGUGCCAAGGCUCUUGGUGCUUAGAAAUUGCAUAGAUUUAGCUGCUUCCUCUUUUGUUUUUCUCAUACUUUUGGAGAUUAUCUUUCGUUCUCCUUCUUUCGGUUUCGAAAUGCGUGGAACAACGGCGGUGGAUCUAUGUGCACAGGCUCUUCUCUAGUUUUGUCACACUGAUUUUUCUUAAUACAUAACCUAUGUGACAGGAAAA